GUAUUCACUUCCUGUUUUUUGUUUGUUUGUUUUUUGGUGUGGUGGCGAUGGAAAUAGUGCCUCAGUGUGUCUGGAGAAUAAAUGUGGAUGUCCCUGAGGAAGCUAAUCAGAAUCUUUCAUUUGGUGCUACCGAAAGAUGGUGGGAGCAGACAGAUCUGACCAAACUAAUUAUUUCAAACAAUAAACUUCAGUCACUUACAGAUGACCUCCGACUCCUGCCUGCACUGACUGUUCUUGAUAUACAUGAUAACCAGCUGACAUCCCUUCCUUCUGCAAUAAGAGACCUAGAAAAUCUCCAGAAACUUAAUGUCAGCCAUAACAAGCUGAAAUUACUCCCAGAAGAAAUUACAAACCUAAGAAACCUGAAGUUCCUAUAUCUCCAGCAUAAUGAACUGGCUUGCAUAUCGGAGGGAUUUGAACAACUUGCCAAUUUAGAAGAUUUAGAUCUGUCAAACAACCGUCUUACAACUGUUCCUGCUAGUUUUUCUUCUCUAUCCGGUUUGGUGCGACUCAAUCUUUCCAGUAACCAGCUGAAGAGUUUGCCAACAGAAAUAAGUAAAAUGAAAAGAUUAAAGCAUUUGGAUUGUAAUGCAAAUCUGUUGGAAACUAUACCUCCUGAAUUGACUGGCAUGGAAUCACUAGAACUGCUUUAUUUACGGAGGAAUAAGUUACAUUUUCUACCAGAAUUUUCUUCUUGUAGAUUAUUGAAGGAAUUACAUCUAGGUGAAAACCAGAUUGAAAUGUUAGGGGCAGAACAUCUUACACAUCUAAAUUCGAUCCUUGUGCUAGACCUGAGGGAUAACAAGUUAAAAUCUGUUCCAGAUGAAAUUGUACUGCUACAGUCUUUGGAAAGACUUGACCUAAGCAACAAUGAUAUUAGUAGUCUGCCCUAUUCACUGGGAAAUCUUCCUUUGAAAUUCCUAGCGCUAGAGGGAAAUCCUUUGAGAACCAUUCGAAGAGAAAUUAUAAAUAAAGGAACCCAAGAAGUCCUAAAGUAUCUACGAAGCAAGAUCAAAGAUGAGAGACCUAGCCAUAGUGACUCUGUUACUGAGACUGCCAUGACACUACCAAGUGAAUCUAGAGUCAAUGUACAGGCCAUCAUCACAUUAAAAACAUUAGACUACAGUGACAAGCAGACAACUUUGAUUUCUGAUGACGUGUUUGAUGCAGUAAAAAGCAAUAUCAUCACUUCUAUUAACUUCAGUAAGAAUCAGCUGCAUGAAAUUCCAAAAAGGAUUGUAGAACUGAAAGAAAUGGUUUCUGAUGUAAAUCUCAGUUUUAAUAAGCUUUCCUUUAUAUCCUUGGAGUUAUGCAUGCUUCAAAAAUUGACUGUCUUAGAUCUCAGGAACAAUUUUUUGAAUUUUUUACCUGAAGAAAUGGAAUCGUUGAUAAGACUGCAAAUAAUCAAUCUUUCGUUUAAUAGGUUCAAAAUACUACCUGAAGUUCUGUAUCGUAUCCUCACACUUGAAACAAUUCUGAUUAGUAACAAUCAGGUUGGAUCUGUGGACCCUCAGAAAAUGAAGAUGAUGGAAAAGCUGACCACACUGGACCUUCAGAAUAAUGACCUCUUACACAUUCCACCAGAGCUUGGUAAUUGUGUGAACUUAAGAACAUUACUACUAGAUGGAAAUCCAUUCCGUGUUCCUCGAGCAACCAUAUUAAUGAAAGGAACAGCAGCUAUACUGGAAUAUUUGAGAGACCGAAUUCCUACUUAAAUUGGAGUUGUUUUAUAAUCCUGGUUAUGUUAAACUUAGAGGGAUAUACCUUUCUUUUAGUAAAUCUUAAAAGAUGAUUGCUAUAAUUGAUCUUCCUAAUGUCACCUAACUUUUGGUAUAACGGGCCUGGGCCAUAUUCACUGCUACUAAAUAUUUUUACAUUGACAACUAUUUAGCAUUUUUCUAAAGGUGGUAUUUACAUUCAUAAUGGUGAUAACCAUGUAUUGUGUUCAUACAUUUGUUCUGAAUGUUUUGCAUGGGAUUUAUUCUAUUCUGUUUCAUUUUCUUAUAAUACAGCAAGCUGUUUCUUACAAAGUAAAUUUUUAUUUAACAUGGUUUAGUAUUUUUGUAACACAGCAUUUUUGUAGAAGCCAGUUUUUUUCUCAUUUCUUUUUGUAUUCUGUAUGAUGUGACCAGUUGAAUGUGACUAUCCAAUUUCUAUCUUAUCAUUAGGUAUAAAAUUGAAUUGAAUUUUAUUGAAUAGUUCUCUGGCACUAAAAACAAUAAGAUUUUCAUUACCCAUAAUAGGAUUUUUGUGAUGUGGUUGGUCUCAGUACAAAUUUUAACUUGACAUUGACUAUCUUGUUUUUGUGUUAAUCUAGCCGAAAUGUUUUUUUUUCCAGCUAUUGGGUAGGUCUUUUCCCCCUAUUUUAUGGAAUCAUUUUUUCAACAUUACUAAUGUCAUAGAAAUGCUACCUAAGAUAUAGGUUAUUUAAAAAUAGUGAAACAUUGUCAUAACUGCUGUCACAAUUUAGAAUUUAAAAUGACAGUUGUAAAAAUGAUGUCUUGGUAUUGUUUCCAUUUGAUAACCUAGUACUUUUAGAUUCAAGAGAAUUAAAGAGGUUGGAUCUGUA